AUGCAAAAUGGGUUCCGGAGAGACCGCAGAGGCGAUGACAACAUAUUCAUCCUAACAACUGCAAUCGAAAUAGCGAGAGCCCAACACAAGGGCCCAUUCUGCGUAUUUCUUGAUGCCACGAAAGCCUACGACCGAAUCGAUCGAAAUAAGCUGUGGCGAAUUCUAGAAGAGAGGGGAAUGAACAAACCAUUGCUCGAAUUCCUCAGGUACAUGUACGAGGAGACUUGCAUUUUUCUCAAACACGGAGUUACACCUCUGACGAACUUUCCGUACCAAUGGGACUCCGCCAAGAUCCUAGAUAGAGUUCUCAAGAUUCAAGGACUUCCAAUACCCUUGGUGGAAUUCUAUAAGCAUCUUGGGGUCGAACUAUCAGCUGGAAAUGACUACCUAGCUAAACAAUGGCCGAAUUGGUCAGAGAAAGCCAACCAGGCGAUCCAGAGACUCAAUGCGAGGACCUUAUGGUGCUUCAACAGAUUUGAAGUCUCCAAAAUUCUCUGGAAAGCCACUGCCGUCCCGCAGCUCACAUAUUGCAAUUCAGUAAUCACAAUGCCGAAAUGGCUCAGAAACCACAUCGAAGUCAGGCAAAGAGACGCGGGACGAUGGGCUCUCGGCAUACCACACUCGACUAUAGCCAAAGAGUUCAUCGAAGGAGAGCUCGGAUGGAGCUCCUUCGACGCCCGUGAGACCAUCAGUAAGGCGAUGUUCUUCGAGAGGAUAAGAAAUAUGGACGACGAUAGAUGGCCAAAACUUGUCCUCCAGGCUGCCGACCUCGCUGAAACCCGAAUCAAAGCAACAGAGAGACUCGAUAAACUGAGCUUGCUUUUUGAGAUAGGGGAGAUCAGACCAGCCAGAAGUUCAUCGGGCAAACCUGCGUGGAAUAUGUUUCGCAACGAACUCAGACAGAAGGUGCGAGAUAAACUGGAUUCGGCAUGGAAACUGAACAUUGAAUCCAAAUCCACGCUGAGUACAUAUCGUAAAUACAAGGAGACCAGAGGUCUCGACGUAAGAUUGUACGACAACUCUCGCGGGAGUCUACUCCGUGCACUUACAAGGGCAAGAAUGCUCAACACCAGGAAACGACGACAUGACCGCGACCCUUCCGUCAACUGCAGCUGCCCAAGAUGUGGUAUACCCGAAACAGACAAACAUGGUGUCUUAGGGUGUGAGGAAGAAAUGUUCUCGCCCGAGGAAUUCGCCUACAGAAUCGGACUUCUACCUGACAUCACACAGGAAAUCACCCGAAGAACGAAGGCGACCCUGGACAAAUGGGAGAGACAAGAUCUGUGA